AUGGAAAAUGAAGGUUUUACUGAAAAACAAGCAGAUGACUUAAAAACUAAUGAUACAAUUAAAAGCAGUGAUGAUUUAUCUGAUCUCACAAAAUGCACUGACGAAAAGACAAAACAAGAACAGUUAUUAUAUCAAGCGCAAAUCGCAAGUCGCCGAAACUUUUUAAAACUUAAUAUUGAGAAGUCACGAAGUUCUGACACAGGAUCAAGCUUUGAUAAAGAUGGAACCCCAAAUCCUGAUGAAAGAAAAAGUUCGAGUACUUCCCAAAGUAACAAAGAAAAAAGUUCAAUGGAAGAAGAAUCAAGUGUAAGUUGUUCAAUAGCAAAACCGCUUGGAAUCUCUCAAGAAUAUGUCGAACCUAUUGAACAGAUUCGUUGUAAGGAACUUAGAGAUGCAAUGCUUCGACUUGAAGGCAUAGAAGAAGAAGUGAAAAUGCCUAGAAAAAUAUCUCCAACUCUUGAGAAACAACUUCCAGUUGAUCUUGGCUCUGGUUCAGAACUUGACAGUACAGACCCAGUAGAAGAAAGAAUUUCUAAGAUUUUAAGAUUUGACGAAAGUGACUCAGGUUCUGAUAUUAAACCAACAAGACCAAGAAUUCAAAAACCACCAAGAGAUCUUUCUUUGCAAAAAAAAAUUAACAGAACAGUUCCAAUAGAAGAUUUAUCUCAACCACCUGAACAAUUGCAAGCUAAAGUAAACAAUGCUCACAAGUAUUUGAAUGCAACCAAUAGUGGAAGUUCUCUUGAAUCAAAAUCAAGCGUUGAAUCUCGUGAAUCAAAUUCCAAAGAUUCUUUGGAGACUGAAAGCAGUUCAGGAUCUUUGGGAAAAGCAAAAAGAAAAGGUGAACUCACACAAAAACUUAUGCAAACAACAUGGAAGUCAUUUCCAAUAGAAAGUUCUGGUUCUAGUAACGAAGAAUACUGGCAUCCAGAUCAUGAAACCUACGAAAAGUUUGAAGUUGUUGAAUCAUUCUCAGACACACCUGUUGACGAACACAAAGAAAGUGAUUCUGACUUUCAAGAUGAUACAAAUGAAUUUCCUUCAACGUUUAGUUAUCCGGAAAGUUCAUCAAAUUUAAGCGUCAAUACUAAUCCUGUAGACAUAAUGGGAUACGGAACUGGUUUUGCUAUAGGUCGAACAUUAUCAAGAAUUUCUGAAAGAAGCACUAACUCUGAAAAGUCAAGUUGCGAAGAAGAGAAAACAAGCAUCGAAGAAGAAAUAACUGCUCACGAAGAAGUUGAAGAAGAAGCUUCUGUAGCUUCUAGUGAUCAUCAGGCUAGUAUGAGUUCUGAUAUUCACAGUAAUUCUCAUCAGGCUUACAUAUCUGAUACAGAUAGAAGGACAUCUGCUGAGAUGCCUGACAUUCCAUGUGACUCUGCAGCUGCUGAGAGAUUAGCAGAGCUUUACAAAUCAAAUGUUAAAAAAGCUGGAAGGUUUUCAAUACAAAAUAUUGAGGAAAAAGGAAAGUUGAAAACAGAAAUACUUGCUGGAUCUGGAAGUAGUCAGGAAUCUUGUGAGGAUUGGCCACUACCAGAAAUUCCUGUCGAGACACCAACAAAUCAAGAUUGCUUCAAAGCAUUUACUAUGAGCGAUCGACCUGUUCCGAAAAUGUUUAUGUGGCGUAAUAGCACAACUGGAACAACGUCGCAAGAAAAUGAACCUUGGCCUUCACCGCCAUCAAGUGUCAUUGAAACACCUGUUAUUGAAGAUGUUCAAACCUUCUAUAUUAACGAGCCUCAGAAGCCUCAACCAGUGACGAUUGAUUUAGUAGCCGAAAAUCAACAUGAUGAAGAUGACGAACCAGAUUACGCAGAAGUAGCUGAUGUUGCUCCAGAUCCACCAAAAAGAGAUUACGAACUUUCUGAACCAGUUUCACCUUCCAUAGGUUCGGCAACAUCACCAACUAUUUCAAUUAUCCUCCCCUAUGAAGAUGCUUCUUAUUUUAUGGCGGAUAAUUCAAAGAAAUCCCAAGAUCAAACUGGAUGUUUCGAAUCUCCGCUGUCAUCAGCAAACUGUUUAAAAUCAACACUUAGAAUUUGUGCGAGUAAUAAAACAAUUUCCAACACUCAUCAAGCUCGAAUUUCAAGUCCCGAUAGAGUAAUUGUUACUCAGCCAAGGGGAUCAAGUUCGUUACAAAGUCCCAUGUCUGAAGAAGAGUUCUUUAUGACUGAUGAAGUGUUCAGCCCAGGAACUGUAAAAAUAGAGAUUUCUCCUGAUGAUGGCCACCCAUCAGAUUAUAACAUGCAAAAGUUCUCCCGCAGUUCCAACAAUUCAGAUACAUCUGUUGAUGAUAUGUUAUCAGCUUCACUCAGCACUUAUGUUGAUGACUCUCAACGACGAAGUAGCUUAGAACCAAGACGGUUGAGUAGUCCAUCUUGCAAACGUUGUAGUGGUGGAAGUCAUUCUGAAGAAGAAACAAGUUCUUUCGGUACAGAUCUUGACGGAACAGUUAAAAUGGGCGUCCCAGCUCGUAGAUGUACUCACAGUUCUCAUUCAGAAGAUACAUCGAUUGGUGUCAGUUUAUCGGAAUGGUCCACAGGUACAAACACUGUGAGACAGUAUGCAAAUCUUUCUGGCAGUGAUAGCUUAUCAGCGGUAUCUAAUCAUUCUGGUGCUAUAAAGAGUGAGACGAAUAAUACCAAAUCGAGCAUCAGUUCAUUCAACAAAUCUACGGACAGUUUAAAUGAAAAAAGUAUCAGUUUGUCAGGUGGUAAAAAUAUUCCUUAUUCCUUUGAAAAUUUAUCAAAAGAUGCAAAUUCUGAAACUGAUAAAAUCACCUCGUCUGGAACAAAUGACGAAUCAACAUUGACUUUGACUGAGAUGGUUCAUAGCAUUACCGAGUGGUCUACAAGUUCAAGUCAAACUCUUGUUGAUCACGAUGCAAACAAACCUCCACAACAAAUGGAUUAUAAAUUCAUUGACAAAAGUAAAACAUCUAUUGAAUACACACCUUUGAAGCCGCCUAAAAAUGUGAAACGUUUAACAACUGACAAAGAUUCUUUGCCAGGUAUUCAUGCAAAUGUUGCUAAAACUAAAAUCGAAACAAGUACUACGCAAACAAUCACAAAACCUACCCCAAUAAGACUUCCACCGAAAAUUGUUGACAUGAUUGAGAAACCAGUAAUUUCUAUGAAGCCAAAAAUUCCACCUCCACCAAUUGAAGAAUCUGAAACACCGUCUGACUCGAAUGGAUCAAAACCAGCUGUUACAGAUAAGAAAAAGAUUUUCAAAAUGAUGUCACAACAAUAUAAGAGUCAAGACAUUUCAGAAUCUGAAUCGUACAGUGACAAACUUUAUAAUCAAAACGAGAAACUGACUGAACGUUAUCAAAGUCAGGAAUUCUCUCCUUUCUCAGCACCAUCGAAACCACCACGAGAAUCAAAAGGGCAAGACAAGUCAUUGUCCAAGCAUCACAGUUACGAUGACAAGACUUUAUCAAAAUCACAAAUUCGUGAAUAUAAAUCUUCAAAAGUUCGUCAAAGUCAAUCGUUCCAUGAACAUUUAUUGUCGAGUGAUUUGAAUAAAAUUGAAGAAGAAAAAUUAAGCUCAUCUCAUACGAGUGAAACGACAAGCACUGAAAAUUCUUCACCAAUGUUUUCACGACCAGAACGAUUAGCGAAAUGUUCGCCUUAUUAUUCGAGCAGUUUAAGUUCUGACACUCCUGAAGUACAUCAUAUAAUUGCAAAACCGCCUCGCAAACCUUCCUUGCCGAAAGCUUUACCAUCACAAAGCAGCAACGAUACUGACAGUUCAUUAGAUUUUCGUCAGAAUGAUCCGGCACGUAAUCGUGGUUAUCGUAAGAAGAAACAAAUUCCAUCAACAAAACGAAUUAGAAUUGAUCGACCGAUGGAACAAGAAAGCUCUGAAUGUUCCGAAGGCUAUUUUCCCGACAUCCACUCAAGCAGUUCUGACAAUGCCAAAGCUGAAAUCAAAUACCCUGACUUUGAGGAAGAACCUGAAAUGAUUCCCGAAGAUUGCGAUGAAUACAAUUACAGAAUUGACAACAGUAAAAUCGGAUCAUAUCCAAGUACAAGUACAUCGACAAAAUUUGAGACUUUAGAUUUAUCUGAAAAUGUUGAUGAAAUGGGAUUUCCCCGUUAUGACCGUUUACGUAACAUGACUAAUCCUCCGAGUUAUAAGCCUCCAGCUAAACCUGUUCGACAAAAAAAGAAAAUACAGGGCAAGAAUGAAAGUUAUGUGGGAGUUCAUUAUGGACAAGACAGUGGCAGUGGAACUGAAACUAAAGCUGGCUUGUCCGAUGAAAUUUACUACUCCAGCGAAGACAGUUUUGCUGCAGGUUUUCUCCAUCAAAAGCAACAAUCUGUCGGUCAUUAUGUAAAGAACGUUGAACUCCCAUAUCCAGAUUUUCUUUCAGACUGCGAAAAUGAACCCGGCACAUCGUAUCAAAAGAAUGAUUCUGAAAAAAGUUUCGACUCUGACGAAGAUGAUACAAGUGGCAACGACAAAAAAUUUUAA